UGUAUGAGAACGAUUGAACGUGCGACGGAGUGGCAAGGCGUGCAAGCAUGUGGUUCGCGAAUUUCUUCGUAGGCCUGGCAGGCUUAAUUUUCAUCGUCGGCUCGCCACCCUGGUGGUCACACGCGUUCAACAUCGAGACGAAACAUUAUGCAGUUUACCGGAAUGACAUCAACUCCAUGUUCGGAUUCGCUGUCACGGUGUACAGGGACAGAUUUAGUAGAGGAUGGGCGAUUGUGGGUGCACCGGAAGCCGACACUCCAGACGUGAACGUUUACAGAGGUGGCGCAGUUUACAAAUGCGACAUCGCGGCUGAUGACCGGUGCACUAUGAUCCCUUUCGACAGUAAAGGUCUCUCGGAGGUCAGUCACUUCUUCGGGUGCUCGACCGAAGUUCUCCUCGUCGUCGUCGUCGACGAGGAACUCCUCGAGGUGUACACCCUGCAGAGUGGCGUGGCUGGCCUGUCUGUUGGAUAUACCGGGAACCGUGGACGAUGCAAGAAGCGGGCUCUACCUAAUACAGAAAACCGUAAGGUCGUUCUACCUACGGACCUGCGUGGACGUAGGUUCGGCAUUUCUUGCGGGACACCACCUGAAGAUCUUCAGGGAAGGUGUAAAGAACCUGGAAGGUACAUGAAGGAUCUUCCUCCCACAGCGGUGAUAAUAUGCUUCCACAACGAAGCCUGGUCUGUACUGCUGAGGACUGUUCAUUCUGUUUUGGACAGAUCCCCGGAAAACCUCAUACAGGAAAUCAUCCUGGUUGAUGACUUUUCUGAUAUGCCGCAUCUACAGCGUCAACUUGAGGACUAUAUGAUGAACUACCCGAAAGUGCAGAUCAUUAGGGCACAAAAACGAGAAGGUCUUAUUAGAGCUCGUUUGCUGGGCGCAGCAGCUGCGAAGGCUCCGGUCCUCACAUAUUUGGACAGCCAUUGCGAGUGCACCGAAGGCUGGCUCGAGCCCCUUCUCGAUCGGAUUGCCCGUGAUUCAACGACAGUCGUUUGCCCUGUGAUCGAUGUUAUCGACGACACCACUCUGGAAUAUCACUGGAGGGAUUCCGGCGGUGUGAACGUGGGUGGGUUCGAUUGGAAUCUGCAGUUCAACUGGCAUGCGGUUCCCGAAAGAGAGAAAAAGAGGCACAAGAAUUCCGCGGAGCCUGUGUGGUCACCAACGAUGGCUGGAGGCCUCUUCUCGAUAAAUCGAGCUUUUUUUGAACGCCUCGGCACGUACGACAGUGGUUUUGAUAUUUGGGGCGGCGAAAAUCUCGAGCUCUCCUUCAAGACAUGGAUGUGCGGAGGCACACUGGAAAUCGUGCCGUGCUCGCACGUGGGCCACAUCUUCCGGAAACGUUCGCCGUACAAGUGGCGCAGCGGCGUGAACGUGCUCAAGAGGAACAGCAUAAGGCUGAGCGAAGUGUGGCUGGACGAGUACGCCAAGUACUACUACCAGAGGAUAGGUCACGACAAGGGCAACUACGGGGACGUAUCGGAACGAAAGGCGUUGAGGAAGAAGCUUGGCUGCAAGUCGUUCAAAUGGUACCUCGACAACGUUUAUCCUGAGCUCUUCAUACCUGGCGAGGCGGUGGCUUCCGGCGAGGUUCGUAAUCUCGGAGAGGGAGGUAACACCUGUCUGGAUUCGCCGGCACGCAAGGCAGACUUGCACAAACCGGCUGGACUCUACCCCUGCCAUCGACAGGGCGGAAAUCAGAUCAGGCACCUCGUUAGCAGCAUAUGUAUAGACUCGCCAGGGAAACCUGAAGACCUGCACCAACCAGUUGGUUUAUAUCCCUGUCACCGCCAGGGAGGCAAUCAGUACUGGAUGUUGAGCAAGACCGGUGAGAUCCGUCGAGACGAGUCGUGCUUGGAUUACAGUGGCACCGAUGUCAUCCUGUAUCCUUGUCAUGGUAGCAAGGGGAAUCAACAAUGGAUUUAUAACCCUCAGACGAAGCAGAUCAGACACGGUAGCAGCGACAAGUGUCUAGCGAUCACCGACAGCAAGCAGCGCUUGAUCAUGGAAGAAUGUUCGCCUGUUGCAGCGAGACAGAGGUGGUCGUUCGAGAAUUACGACCCUUCGAAGCUGUGAUAUCGCGCCUUCUCGCGUCGCCAGUCGGAAAAUCUCGGCCGGAAGUUCGAUCGUGCCGGUUCAUGGGUGUCUGUUCAACGUUACUCCGUCGCCAAGACUCGUUUCGGCAGAUAGACGUCGUGGUAUCGGGGCUCGAACACCUCGAAAUUCAAAACCAGCUAUUAGACGCUCAAAGAUCGACUGUACGACGAUAGAAGAAACGCGCGGAAUUCUUCUUCGAAGAACCUGAUCGACACGAAGCGGAACAACCAUUGAAAUAGCUUCGGUGAAUAAACAAAAAAAAAAAAAAAAAAACGAAGAGAAAGG